CCUGCCUGGUGCCUCCUGUCCAGCUGCUGACAGAGGUGACUGCCUCUAGGUCUGGAUUCUCCGUUCCUUCUGCGCCCAGGGCCCCCGCCAUGUCGGCCAAUGUCACACUGAAGCCGCUCUGCCCGAUCUUGGAGCAGAUGAGCCUCCUUCAAAGCCACCAAAACUCCAGCAUCCGCUACAUCGACCACGUGUCAGUGUUGUUGCAUGGGUUGGCCUCCGUGCUGGGUCUGGUGGAGAACGGACUCAUCCUCUUCAUGGUGGGCUGCCGCAUGCGCCAGACGGUGGUCACCACCUGGGCGCUGCACCUGGCGCUGUCUGACUUUCUGGCCGCAGCCUCCCUGCCCUUCUUCACCUAUUUCCUGGCGGUGGGCCACUCGUGGGAGCUGGGCACCACCUUCUGCAAGCUGCACUCCUCCAUCUUCUUCCUUAACAUGUUCGCCAGUGGCUUUCUGCUCAGCGCCAUCAGCCUGGACCGCUGCCUGCAGGUGGUGCGGCCAGUGUGGGCACAGAACCACCGCACGGUGGCUGCGGCCCAGAAAGUGUGCCUGGUGCUCUGGGUCCUGGCCGUGCUCAACACCGUGCCGUAUUUCGUGUUCCGGGACACCAUUCCGCGGGUGGAUGGCCGCAUCAUGUGUUAUUACAACAUGCUGCUCCUGAACCCGGGGCCUGACCGCGACGCCGCGUGCAACUCGCGCCAGACAGCCCUGGCGGUCAGCAAGUUCCUGCUGGCCUUCGUGGUGCCGCUGGCGAUCAUCGCCUCGAGCCACGCCGCGGUGAGCGUGCACUUGCGCCACCGCGGCCGCCCUCGGCCCGGCCGCUUCGUGCGCCUGGUGGCGGCCAUCGUGGCGGCCUUCGUGCUCUGCUGGGGGCCCUACCACGUCUUCAGCCUGCUGGAGGCGCGUGCGCACGCCGUCCCCGCGCUGCGGCCGCUGGCGUGGCGCGGGCUGCCCUUGGUCACCAGCCUGGCCUUCGUCAACAGCGUGGUCAACCCGCUGCUCUACGUGCUCACGUGCCCCGACGUGGUGCACAAGCUGCAGCGCUCGCUGCGCGCGGUGCUGGAGAGCGUGCUGGUGGACGACAGCGAGCCGGGCAGCGGGGCCAGCAGCCGUCGCCGCCGGGCCUCCUCUUCUGCCACCUUGGCCUCCACCCUGUCUCUCGGCAGACGCCUCCCAAGCCCGCUCCGCCCUGCGCGCCUCCUCGGCUGGCUACGGGGUGGCGGUGCAGCGCCCCCACAAAGGGACCGCGUGCGAUCCCACGAGAGGGGCGCCCUGAACCGCGAGCUGAGCACCAUCUCGGAUUAGAUGGCGAGCUCCAGAUCGCUGGGCUCGGACCUUUGUCCCGGAAGGCAGAGGCAGGGCAGCAAGCAAUCGCCAUCGCAUCUCUAGGACACGCUGUGAAAGUGUAGA